AUGGCAGAAAGCAACCUCCCAACAACGGGAGAAGAACUGGAGGUGAAAAAUGAGUUUCCAGCUACAGUAAUUUCAGCAACAGAGGAAAGUCAAGUUACGUCAAGUUAUGCUGAACUGGAUGUAUACAAUGACCCUUUAAGAGAAAUAGCGAAAGUAUGUCUGGAGAAAGGUAAUGAAGAGUACAGACAAGGAGAAGCUAAUAACGCGAUAAACUCCUACACGGAAGGACUUCAAGUGAACUGCAAGGAUAAACGACUGAACGCCAAGCUUUACAGUAACAGGGCAACAGCUCAUUUCCGUUUGGCAAACUACGUGGAAUGUCUGGAUGAUGCAACAGUUGCUGUUCAAUUGGAACCCACUUUAAUCAAAGCUAUUAAGAAAGGAGCCAGAGCUUGUGUCGAACUUUGCUGGUAUAAAGAAGCAAGGAGCUGGUUGUAUAUGGGAUUGGCCGUAUCCUUUAACGAAUGUUUCAAACGUGAUACGAGAUGCAAUGCGAACGAGCAUCACCAUGACGACCGAACCUAA